AUGGUUGCAGUGAAGGGACCGGACGGCGACGAAGAGGAGACCAAGAACCAUGUGGGAGAUGAUAGUAGUGCACCCAGCGAAGCAUUGGAUUCUCUAUCUUCUACAUUCGACCAUGCCCUGUCCACGUGCAAGGAGACCCUCCUUCAGAUGCUGCAUGACAGAGAAUUUGAAGAGGUCAAAGAAAAGCUACUUGCAAUUGAUUCUUUGAAGAAGACAGUUAACGAAGCGAUGAAAGAAGCUUCUAUGGCUCCUGCCCCAAGGUUUUCCAGAGCAAUGUUGGAUGCCAGUGAAGUUUCACAGACGGAGAAGGCAAUUCUCUCUCCUGAUUUGUGGGCCAUUACAUAUGAUCAACUCAUGCAUGUUGAUGCCUUGGCAGCAAGGUUGUUUGGACGCAGUUAUUCCAAAAAGACUAUGAGAGAUAUCAACAAGAGAAUGAUUGAGCCCCUGUGCAAGAGGACUUGGACAAGCUAUGCCCUGAGCCUGAAUCCUUUGGGGCUUAAACUUGAUGUUUUCAUUACCCAUUCAUGGUACGUCUUCUUAAUGGAUUAA